UAGAAUUUCUUGUUUAUGUGUUAUUAGUGUUUUUCCAUAAACAAAUUGGUAACUUAUUGGUAUUAAUUACUUACCUUUUAUAUAUAUUAAAGGAGAAUAGAAAAGGGGUUAUAGAUAUGAACACACUCUUUUAUUAUGCAUUUUUAUCGAGCAUACUCUUUUAGUUCUUUUUACAUCAACCAUACUUUUGUAUUAAAAAAAAUAUAUCAAACAUGUCUCUUUUUGUUAAGGUUUUCAUCCCGACACCGUCAACCACGAUCAAACUGUGAUUCUCACCUCCUGCCUGGAACAAAAUAUGAAAUGUACUACACUUGGUGGCAGAGAGAUCUAUUUUCUUAAAUUAGGCUAUUUUCCCACGUAUGUGUCAGAUCAUCCAUGAUGCAUAAGUGUAUUAAUAAAACAUUAUAACUUUUUAUCCAAACCCUUCUUAUAACUUUUUAAAUUAGUAGUCAGAUCUUUCAAAAUUCAAAGUAUUAGUCAAACAUUACUCCAUGUUAACAGUUUUGUUAGUAAUGCUGACUUGCCAAUAUGAUCUUGAGAUGGAAUAGAUAUGUUGAGGUCAAAAUUUAAGUAUUUUAAAUAAGAAAAUAGUUACAAAACUAUCAACGGUACCAUUCAAAUAGCUAAUAUUUCGAUGUGUUAAAAGGAUUUGGUAAUACUUUAUAUUACGAAAUGUUUGGAUAAUAAUUUUAAAAUUUUGAAAGUUUAGUCUAAUAAAUUUUAUUUACUAUUUACUCUAAUUAUAUAAAUUUUUUUUGAAAAGUCCCCUGCUUUUCAUUAAUAAGCAAAUCUACUAACCAUCCCAAUCCCAUGGAAUGUUCCAGUGGGCCAGAUAGUGGGCCACUAUGUUUGCCUCGAUGGACAAAAGCCCACCCGAGGCCGUUCCUCCCCAUCCAUUCUCCUCAACCCUCCCUGGAAACUCGAAACCACCGUCUGUUGAAUUCCGUCACAGACCGCGUCUCCGUCCGUCCUAUAAACCACCGUCUGUUGAAUUCCGUCACAGAACCCUGGAAACUCGAGACAAGCGGUUCAAAUUUGCUGACCAUCAAAUUGGAUAUCCCGUCAGUUUAUUCAACGGGAAAAAAUUUGCAGAGGAAACCGAUCGACCUGAGUCCAUCCAUCAGACUAUCAGAUAACCCGUCCAAGAGUGUUGGACCGACGUCCAGGACCCGCUGCUGAGUUGGCGCCCCCUAAACCACGCCACCGGCAGAGCUAAAUAUUCUCCAAAAAAAAGCUUUCGCUUUUCCAAUUCUCAUUCCUCUCAAAAACUUUUCCGCAGAAUCCACAGUUUCCCCAAUCGGCGGUUCUUGCGUCCUUCGCUUCGCUUGAAAACCUCUCCCUAAUUCCGGCGGAGAUGAGGCUGUUGAAGUUAGCCACCUGCAAUUUGAACCAAUGGGCGAUGGACUUCAACUGCAAUUUGAAGCACAUAAAGGAGUCGAUUACCAGAGCUAAACAAGCGGGUGCCGUCAUUCGACUCGGCCCCGAGCUCGAGGUCACCGGCUACGGCUGCGAAGAUCACUUUCUCGAGCUCGAUACCGUCACCCACUCAUGGGAAUGUUUGAAGGAGAUUCUGGUCGGAGAUUGGACCGACGGAAUAUUGUGCAGUAUAGGCAUGCCCGUGCUCAAAGGCUCCGAGCGGUAUAACUGUCAAAUUCUGUGCAUGAACCGAAAGAUUCUGAUGAUCCGCCCGAAAAUGUGGCUUGCAAACGACGGCAAUUACAGGGAGCUCCGGUGGUUCACUGCCUGGAAGCAAAGGGAUCAACUGCAUGACUUUGUGCUCCCACCAAACGUUGCAGAGGCCAUUUCUCAGAGAUCGGUGCCAUUUGGAUAUGGGUUCAUUCAAUUUCAAGACACAGCUGUUGCUGCUGAAGUUUGCGAGGAGCUUUUUACACCGGUUAGACCUCAUGACGAGCUCGCACUUAAUGGGGUUGAGGUGUUUAUGAAUGCAAGUGGAAGUCACCACCAACUGAGAAAGCUUGAUAUCCGUCUUGAGGCUUUUAUGGGUGCUACUACUCGUGGAGGAGUGUAUAUGUAUAGUAAUCACCAAGGAUGUGAUGGUGGCCGCCUUUAUUAUGAUGGAUGCUCUGCCAUUGUUGUAAAUGGAGAAGUUCUCGCCCAAGGCUCACAGUUUUCCUUGAAAGAUGUUGAGCUUGUGGUUGCUCAAGUGGAUCUUGAUGCUGUGGCUAGCCUAAGAGGAUCCACUAGUAGUUUCCAAGAACAAGCUAGCUGUAAAACCAGUGUGCCUUCUGUAGCAGCACCUUACAGUCUGUGUCAGCCAUUUAACCUGAAAAUGACUCUUUCUAGCCCCAUGAAGAUCAACUAUCACUGUCCUGAGGAGGAAAUAGCUUUUGGACCUGGUUGCUGGCUAUGGGACUAUUUGAGAAGAAGUGGUGCUUCUGGAUAUUUGCUUCCUCUGUCUGGUGGUGCAGAUAGUUCCUCAGUAGCUGCCAUAGUUGGUUGCAUGUGUCAACUUGUUGUAAAAGAGAUUGCGAAUGGAGACGAGCAAGUCAAAGCUGAUGCAAUACGCAUUGGACAUUACACUGAUGGCCAGUUUCCCACAGACAGCAAAGAAUUUGCAAAGCGUAUCUUUUAUACUGUGUAUAUGGGAACUGAAAAUAGUUCUGAUGCGACAAGAACCCGGGCAAAGGUUCUUGCGGAUGAGAUAGGUUCAUGGCAUCUCAAUGUUUCAAUAGAUGGUGUUGUAUCUGCAUUCCUUUCCUUGUUCCAAACUCUUACAGGGAAACGACCAUGCUAUAAGGUGGAUGGGGGUUCUAACAUUGAGAACCUAGGCCUCCAGAAUAUCCAAGCUAGAAUAAGAAUGGUUCUAGCAUUCAUGUUAGCCUCACUCCUGCCAUGGGUUCACAAUAAACCGGGAUUCUAUCUUGUUUUGGGUAGCUCCAAUGUCGAUGAAGGGUUGCGAGGCUAUUUAACCAAGUAUGAUUGCAGCUCAGCAGAUAUAAAUCCAAUUGGAAGCAUAAGCAAGAUGGAUCUUAGGUCAUUUCUAAAGUGGGCUGCCAAACAUCUUGGUUAUUCAUCCUUGUCCGAAAUCGAAGCAGCUCCACCAACAGCAGAACUUGAGCCUAUACGCUCAAAUUACAGCCAGCUUGAUGAAGUGGACAUGGGAAUGACAUACGAGGAGCUCUCGGUAUAUGGCAGACUGCGAAAGAUAUACCGGCUUGGUCCAGUGUCAAUGUUCAAGAAUCUUUGCUUCAGAUGGGGAUCAACAUUAACCCCAUCAGAAGUGGCCGAAAAGGUGAAGCACUUCUUCAAGUACUAUUCAAUCAACCGUCACAAAAUGACGGUCUUGACCCCAUCAUACCAUGCUGAGAGUUAUUCACCUGAGGACAACAGGUUCGACCUCCGCCAGUUUCUGUACAACGUGAGGUGGCCUUAUCAGUUCCAGAAGAUCGACGAGCUCGUCGAUGAGGUGAAGGGCGACAAAGUUGCUUUUCCAGAAGGGAGCCAGGAAGGGAAGUCUGGAGGGAUGGGAGUUGUUGCUGCUGGAGCUGGAGAUCCCAAAGCCGGGUUGUAGUACGGCAGGCAGCCAAGUCAUUUAUCCGACUUUCUGUUAGUGUAAGCUAGUAGUAGUAUGGUCGAAUUCCGCAUUUGUCUUUCAUUACAUUCUUUUUUGCCUUUGAGAUAAAUUAUCAUAACGUCGCCCGUUGGAAAGUUCUGCAACUGCCGUAACUAUAGGCGGGCGUGCUUUGGGUUAAGCCAUUGCAAUUUUUUUGUUUUGCAUCACUAUAAAUGCGCUUUCGCCUCGUUAGUCAUUUAGCUUUUGCUCUUUUGCGCAAUUUCUGAACCUCUUCCUAUCAGUCUUUUGACAGCUCCAGGCCGAAUGGAAAGACCAGAUUCAGGAGGGAAAUUAAAAUUACUCAUUAUGAUUUAUGAGCAGCAUUCUACGAAACUAAACAGCAGGCUAUAAUUAAACAAAAACAGACACUUAAUCAAGGUACUACCAAAAUCCGUUACGAUUAGCUUCAACUGAACUAAACAAAAAAGGAUUAU